AUGGACAAAGGGACAGCCAACGACCCUGGAAGCGGUAGAGAGCGAGUGCGCAUGCGCGCCGCCCUGGACCCACCCCCGCCGCCUCGGCCAGUGGUCAGCGCCCGGCCACCUGUUGAUGGGGGUGGCCACCCCGCAGUCCCAGACGCCGAGUCGCCGCCCGGACAGGACACGCUGACAUGCGGCGGCUGCGCCAAGGCGUUCGCGCUCGCCGACAUCGUGCGCUUCAUCCAGCACAAGGUGCUCUCCUGCGCCGCCGCCCCCGCCGCCUCCGCCGCCUCCACCACCGCCCCCGGCACGCCCUGCAACAACAACAACAACAACAGCGGCGCCGCCGCCAAGGACGACUACGACAGCGACGGCGGCAGCACCGGUGGGGUGGUGAGCUCUCGCCGGCCCAGCAUUUCGGCGCCCAUCACGACGCGGAAGGCGCGCCCGCCUCCCGCCGCCUCCCCGUCCGCCCCCGGGGGCGGCGAGGCCUCUCCGCUGCCGCUGCUGCCGAUGCUGUCGCCGCCGCCGCCCAGCUCGACGCCCAAGCGUCGCGGCGCCGACAGCGACGACGAGGAAUCGCUGGCUGACGCGAAGCCGCCGCGCGGGCUCGUCAAGCUCGAGGACGCCGCCUCCUCGCCCGAGGACGCCGCCUCCGGCGUCAAGCGCUGCAAGACCGACGUCGCCGACGCCGAGUCCAACACCACCAACUCAGUACCCGCCGCCGUGCGCCUUACCGUGGCUUUGAAGUACGCGCAUGGGUGUAGACCGACCGCAGAGGCUGGUAUUAAGAUAUCACCGGCGAGAGGAGCAGCCACUGUGGGCCUGGAGUCAGAGCGAGCAGCUGGUCCGUACCUGCCGGAGUUGCGUAGGCCCCAGCACGGAGGCCCGAGGUGCCAGGACCAGGCGCAGAGGCGGGACCUGCACGUGGCGCGCACGCGACCAGAUGCGCCGCCGCUGCCUUUUCCUUCCCCUCCCCCGCCCCCUUUUUCUUUCUUUCUUCUUCUGCUGUGCUGCAGCUGA